AUGGUGGGAAGGGCUCAGCCCGAUCGGAGACAAUUCCCGUUGGUCCUACUGAGACUGCUUUGCCUUCUCCCUACAGGGCUGCCGGUCCGCAGCGUGGAUUAUAACCGAGGCACUGACAACAUCACGGUGAGGCAGGGAGACACAGCUAUCCUCAGGUGUUUUAUAGAAGACAAAAGCUCCAAGGUGGCCUGGUUAAAUCGUUCUGGUAUCAUUUUUGCUGGUCAGGACAAGUGGUCUCUGGACCCUCGAGUAGAUCUCCAGCAGCUUUCACUUCUGGAAUACAGCCUUCGGAUCCAGAAAGUGGAUAUCUAUGACGAAGGGUCAUAUACAUGCUCAGUCCAAACGCUGCACCAUCCCAAGACUUCUCAAGUUUAUUUGAUUGUUCAAGUUCCACCAAAGAUCUCCAACAUAUCUUCAGAUGUCACUGUGAAUGAAGGAAGUAAUGUGACCUUAGUGUGUAUGGCAAAUGGACGUCCUGAGCCUGUCAUCACCUGGAGGCACCUCACUCCAACAGGCAGAGAAUUUGAAGGCGAAGAAGAGUUCCUGGAGAUCCUGGGAAUAACACGAGAGCAGUCAGGCAAAUACGAGUGCAAAGCCGCAAAUGAGGUUUCCACAGCUGAUGUGAAGCAAGUCCGAGUCACUGUGAAUUACCCGCCAACUAUCACGGAAUCCAAGAGCAAUGUAUCUGCUACAGGGCGGCCGGUUUCACUUAAGUGUGCAGCCUCUGCUGUGCCUACGCCUGAUUUUGAAUGGUACAGAGAUGACACUAGGAUAAAUAGUGCCAAUGGUCUGGAGAUCAGGAGCAUAGGGAGCCAGUCCUUCCUGACAGUGACCAAUGUCACUGAAGAACAUUAUGGCAACUAUACCUGUGUCGCUACCAACAAACUGGGAAUCACAAAUGCUAGCCUAUUUCUUUACAAGAAAAUAUUACCCACACUCCCCAAUAUUUUUACAGGACCUGGUACAGGAAUUGCAGGCAAUGGAUCUAUGUGUUUGGCCGUACCACUGUGGCUGUUGGCAGUGUCCGUGUUCUGCCUACUCAGUAAAUGUUAAUAACAGCUGAAAUAAAAACCCAGAAACAUCAAGAACAACACACAAAGCAAAAGAAAAAAAAUGUCAUACAGGAGACAGAGCAAGAGAGAGUGGGGGGAGGGAAAGGACAACUUCUUUCACAACUUUUGUGUGUGCUGAAACAAAGGGAAGAAAUUUCAGUGAAAGAAGAAUCAGCCACAUUUAUUAUAACAAC